UCUAUGUUGUAAUCGGUGGUCAAAAGCUACUGCUGCUGCGUGGAUAGCAAGAGAAAAACUCGGCAAUAAAGUGACUUGCGACCCUUGCCCUGAGGACGAGUAAAACGAUAAGUGCUGAUAGUUGGCCGUAACAAUGGCUUCUCUGUGCAGACGUGCGAUUUUCCAAAUCGCUAGGCGUCCCUUGCAUAUAACCGCUGUACGAGCGGAAGAAAAGAUGGCUGAGCCGCUCGAUCAUGCGACUGGUCUCGAGAAAGAGGAGCUCUUAGCUCAAAUUGCUGGCAAUGAUGACCCGUUUGACACUAAAGUUAUGAAACGUGGACCAGGCACCAAAGAAUGCCCAAAUCUAGUAGGUAGCUACUUCAAAAGUCGACUUGUUGGUUGUAUUUGCGAGGAAGAUCAGACUCACAUUAAUUGGAUGUGGCUACACCAAGGCAAACCUAGACGCUGUGAGUGUGGUCAUUGGUUCAAACUGGUUGAGAGAACUGCAACCCCAGCCCAAUCUUAAUCACCUCUUGAAAUAAGCUAGUCGAUUGUUUGAACUUUCUACCUUGGAGUUACUGCGUUACAUUAGAUAACAAUCAAGCUAUAGGGUGGAACUUAUUUGCAUCAAACAUCAAUCUACGAAAUUUUUUUUUUCUGAGGAAAUAAGAAUUCAUUAAGAAAAAUGUAAAUUACUUGUAAUAAAAAGAAUACAUAAUGUUGAAAGUAAAUAAGUCAAGCUGUCCUCCCUAAAGUUAAUUUUUAUUGCUCUGCAAAUAAAAAAUCGUUGAAAAUAA